GUCAGCUGGAUGCGGUUAUUUUUCAUUAUUUUUAUUUACUUUACAAUAAGUUAACACAAAACACUAUGUCGUCAGCUAAAUCGAAAUCCUCGGAUUUGGAGCUCGAUGACAUAGUGGAUAUCGACACAACUUUACUGACUCUGCGUAAGCCGACAGAGUUGAAGAAAGUAAUUGAUUCCGUACCUAAACCAAUACGAGCUGUACCCAAAAAUGGACUGCCCUUGUGGUAUAGACUUGGCCUGGAAUGCAAACUGCCAGUACCAAAGAUGCCUUUGGGGAAAAUUGUGUUUUCACGAGGCAAGAUCGGAGAAGACGUACGUCGUGUCGGGCUUGGAAGCGACGGCCCGUCCCCAACAUUCGACUUGACGGACCCGUAUUGCAACAACGUUUCAUACGACUACGUCCCAAUGCACGAUCCGCACUUGGCACAUCACUUCGCUCAGAAGCCUGCAAGGAAUCGGAUGAAACACCUUGGCUACUGCACGAAAGACGGCCGAGCUGUGUGCUCGCUUAAAGAGUUCAACCAAUACAGAAAGUAUCUAUACAACCAGUUUAUGGACAGAAUUCACAAGGCGAUGAAGAAUUUGGAUGAGCGGGCCCGGGACGACUUAACACUAAAAAAAGUAGAAGUGGAUGUCUCCCGACGUCUCCAGGUCUUCACCAAAGCUGAACGUGCUAGGGAACACAUGGAAAAGGUGGCGAAGGAAAACGCUGACGAGUGGGCUGAGAAAAAGAGACUGGCAAAAGAACAAGAAAGGAAAAUCCAAGAGCGGAUGAAGUAUUUGGCCGAAUUCAACGAGAAACAGCGCAAAGAGCGAGCUUCGAAAGCACGUGAGAAGCAAAAUCGUAUCAAACAAAGGGUGCAAGCAGCUGCAGAAAUGGAGCUCAGGCGGAAAAUCACCAUGAUAAGGCAAUGGAGAGCGAAUGAGAGGAAAAGAUUAAAUCGAAUAAAGCAUGAUAGAGAAGAAAAACAGAAACGGAAAGAAGACGAUGCAAAUAAUAAAUGGAAAGCUCGUGUGGAAGCGCAAAACCAAAAAAUACAAGAAGAAGCUAUUCUUUUGAAACUAUACACCGAUGACAUGAACGCCGCUGCCAGGAGGCGGAACAAAAAAGCUGAAGUAUAUGCAUACAACACGGACUUAGAGCUACAACGUAUUAGGUUGGCAAACUUCAAACUUAUGCACGGCGGAACCGCGAAAGCUGCUAAACUUGUGCGGAAAAUGGGAGUUGAGUUUGAAAAAUCUAAACGAGGAGCUAAAGGCAUGAGUCUCGAACUAGCUCAACGGUUGGCGUCAGAAGCUAUGACAGUUGCAAUGUCGACGCAGGGUGAAGCACUCAUGACCCUGGGACAGGCUCGCUCGAGGAUGGACAUGGAAACCGUACUGCCGAGUGCACCGCUCAAAAUUUUGGAUGAGACACUCGAGUCCGCAAUCAGGGAAUUCGCUCGGAGGCGCGUCCAUCUGCUACUACGUGAUAUUCAACGUACGGUGCGCUCUAGGGCUGCAACUGUGUUCUUCCAAAACGUUCGACCUGCAUCUCCUAAGAAACGGGGAUCAAAGCAGCCAAGGUGGGCUCUCCAAGUAAUGUCAGAGAUGAUUGGUCAGAACUUGGGCGGCUUAGGCGGACGCAGUGGCUCCAUUACCUUCGGCGCCAUCCAAGAUAUCCCACCUGACACUGUUGCUGAGACCGAGAUGAAGAGUGUUAAAGAUAGACCACCUACGCCUGUGCCAUCUAAGACAAAACUUGCAGAAGUAACAUUCAUAGACCGUAUCGAGGAUUUACCAGAUCCAGUCGCCCAACCAAGCUACUUACCGGAGAGAAUGAAACUGCUAGAGAUGGUAAAUGCUGCAGCCAAACUGAUGUCACGUACAGUAAACCAACGUGUCCACGAUAGCAUGGACAUUACCAUUGGCACGGUCACUCUGCCACACAUGCGGCAUCCGAUGGAAUGGGGCGAGGCAGUGGAAGCUCUGGCUUCAGCCGUGGUUGACAAUAGAGUGAAUAGAGAUAAUGCGGAAAUAAGACGUGUGAGUGAAUUCCUCGUCCACCGGAUACUGAGGUCUUUGCUGAUCGAAAUGAAGGAGGAGAAAAUGAAGAAGAAGUUGAGAAGUUCAUCGGAAGAGAAAAAGGAUUUCUACGUUCCCGAUCAAGUGUCGGCUGGGUAAUUUUAAAAUUUCACGAUUCGUUUAGCUGAAUAUAUUAUUUCUACGGCCAUUGAGCUUUAAAGCGUCACCUGGAUAUAAUAAUGAUUAUCUACUCAUUGGCAUUUUGUUUUGCACGUUAUGUGUAAAUUUUUG